GGGGGUGGGUGGGUCUAUUGCUGACAUGCUUGCUUGCAUUUUAUUCAUUUUUGGAGGAGUAAAUAUGGUGUAGAGUCACUUUUGAUUUGGAGGAAAUAAAGAACCUGGUUGUUCAUUCUUUGUUUUGUUUCUGGAAUUAAUUUCAGUGUCCGUGGUUUUACAUGAGGAUCAUAAUGAGAUAUUCUUAGGUUACAAAAGAACUUUGAAUUGGGUAUCUUAUCCUACUUUUGAGUAGAUCACUGUCUAGUCCAAUGCAUGUACACUUACUAUAUUUUGGUAUUGUUUUUGGGUCUUGGAUCAAGGGCAAUCAGCCUAAGAUUGGCCUUCAUAACUUACCCAAUCCUAUUAGAUUAUGUGACCAGAAAAUCUCAGUAGAUUGUGAGCUUCUUUGUUGUUCUUCUGCUGUUGAGCAUUGCUAGUUAUACCGGAUGAGUCAUGUCAGCCUUUUACCAUUCAGAUAAUGUCGAUUACCCUGUUUUUCACUUGUUGAUGGUCUGUCAUUAUUGAAAUAUCUCUAGAAAAUGGGUAGCAGCAGCUCAGAGGAAGAGUCUGAUUUCAGUGACUCUGAGAUUAGUGACUACAAAGAGAAGCCUUUGGAGGAACUGAAGGCUGGAAAAUAUAAAGUGCUUGGACCCAAUGGAACACUUCGCUGCCCUUUCUGUGCUGGGAAGAAGAAGCAGGAUUACAAGUACAAGGAGCUCUUUGCACAUGCUACUGGAGUGAGCAAAGGUUCAGCCAGCAGGAGUGGAAAACAGAAGGCGAACCAUUUGGCGUUAGCAGAAUAUAUGCAAACUGAACUUGCCAAUAUGGCUGAGCCACAACCGCAGCGCGUGACUGCACCCGUAGCUGUUAUUAAAUCCGAGCAGAAUGAGUUGUAUUGUUCGCCAUGGACAGGAGUUGUAGUUAACAUCCUUAGUGAGCCAGAGAGUGGAAAACCUGUGGAUAGUUCCUCAUACUGGUUGAACAGAUUUUCUAAAUUUAAGCCUUUGGAGGUGAAACUAUUCUGGGAUGAGCAGCAUCGGACUGCCCAAGCCGUGGUAAAAUUUGAGAAAGAUUGGACUGGCUUCAAAAAGGCUAUGGAGUUUGACAAGUUCUUUGUAGCUGAUCGCCAUAGCAGGAAUGAAUGGAGUUCUCAGAAGACUUGCUUGGGUCCAGAUAUUUAUGGAUGGCUUGCGCGUGAUGUUGAUUACUCGUCAGAAGGAACCAUUGGAGAGUACCUUCGUUCGACUGGCGAGCUGAAAACCAUUGGUGACCUUGUUGAGGAGGCCUCUAAAGGACGAAAUGAGAAGGUGGCUGUUCUGUCCAGUGAAAUUGACCUGAAAAAUGAAGACUUGAACCAGCUAAGGGCGCGUUAUACUCAGACGACCAUGUCUGUUACUAGAAUGCUGCAGGAAAAGGAUGACCUGCAUCGUGCUUUUGCUGAAGAAUCUAGAAAGAUGCAACGAACUGCGAGAGAGAAUAUUCAGAGAAUCCUAGAUGAACAAGAGAAAUUGAGUGCCGAACUGGAUAGCAAGAAGCGAAAGCUGGAAUCAUGGAGCAGAGAGAUAAACAAGCGGGAAGCCUUGAAUGAACGUGACAGGCAGAAGCUUGAUGAGGAGAAGAAAAAGAAUGAAUUGAGAAAUACUAGACUGGAGAAGGCAUCUGAGGAGGCGAGAAAAGCAGAUGAGAAUGUGUUGAGGCUUGUCGAAGAACAAAAGAGAGAGAAAGAGGAGGCUUUGAAAAAGAUUUUAGAAUUGGAAAGGGAUCUAAAUGCCAAACAGAAGUUGGAAAUGGAGAUUGAAGAGCUUAGAGGAAAACUGAAGGUUAUGAGGCAUAUGGGAGAUGAUGCUGCGGUGCAGAAGCAAAUUCAAGAAAUGACUGAUGAGCUGCAGGAGAAGGUUGAUGAAUUGAAAUCAACAGAGGAGUUACAUAAUGCUUUGUUCACUAAAGAGCGCCAAACAAACGAUGAGCUUCAAGAUGCUCGGAAAGAGCUGAUAUCGAGCUUAAGUGAAAUGCUUUCAAGUAGUCGUGCUCAUAUUGGGAUCAAAAGAAUGGGAGAUAUUGAGGCUAAGAAUUUUGAAGAACAAUGCAAGUUGAAAUUCCCCGAUGAUUAUGAAGUUAAGGCCUUAGAGUUAUGCUCCCUUUGGCAAGAAAGGAUGAAGGAUCCUGAGUGGUAUCCUUUUAAAGUUAUCAGGAUCAGUGAUGACAAUUUUAUGAAUGAAUUGAAUGAGGACGAUGCAUUGCUCAAGGAACUGAAGCUAGAAUGGGGGGGUAAAAUCUACACAGCUGUAACCACAGCCUUAAAAGAGAUGGAUGAAUACAACCCAAGUGGAAGAUAUGUGGUUCCGGAGCUCUGGAACUUUAAGGAAGAUAGGAAGGCCACUUUAAAGGAAGUCAUCAGUUUCAUCUUCAAGCAAUUAAAGACACUCAAGCGCAAGCGAUGAGUAAGUUGUAUUGUUCUUGUUCUCACCAAAUCCUGUGUAUUGUUUUGUGUUGCCUCCGUUACUUUACAAUGCAUCAAAGGUAUUGGGUCUCUUAAACAGUUGGGGAUAGAGAAUGGGGUUUGGUACAGUAGGGUAGUAUAGUAUAUGUAGGAACUUUUGGUCUUCUAGUGAAGAUCCUCCCAGUUCUCUGGUAUUAGGAUGCUGUUUGGAAUUGACUGGGUGGUCUUCAGUUAUUAUGAAAAGCUUUUUUUUUUUAUCCCCUUCUUAUUCGAGAAGAUUGAAGAUUUCAGGUUGCAUUGGUAGUAACAUUUAUAGUGUGUUUCAUUCUCUUUGCAGGGAACAGUAGAGUAUGGGAAAUGGACAGAACUCAAGAUGGAUCAAACAUUCUUGAUGAUUACAAGCGUCCGUAG